UAGUAUCUGAAUGAUUAAAACACAGACUGUGAAUAAAGAUGGACGACGUGACUGCUCCUCAAAAGUGAAGCCAACGCACAUUGUUCGCCCCCUGGUGGUUGGCUGCAGUGUAGCUCAUAAAUGUCUUGUUAUUUGAUGAUAUAAAAACAGUUGGCCGAGCUUGUGACCCAGAAAAAUCGCGACUACAUCCUCUGCUCGCUUUGGCGCAGAAUGACAUCAUCGGUUUUAAGAUGGCAGCGUUCGUACCUGGGAUACUUCGGCUUCACUUCUGGACAGAGGCAGGAAGUGGACACAGUCUAUAGUUAGUCGAGAUAUGUUAAAGAUGGAUUUGUUGUGUUCCUCCAGUUUAAUCGAGAGUAAAUGUUACAUCCAUCAUCAACGCUGUCAGACUGUAGAACAGGACGUGCUUCAUAACUACUAUUAAUUAUAUACAUGUGAUUUCCUCUGCACUUGUAUAACUUCAAUGUUUACGUCCUCACAUUAAUGUUUCUUUUCACACUUCGUCUAAAGGACGUUGUGAAGUAGCUGCACAAAUUAAAAGUUUCACCGCUGACCAAACAAAACUGCCAACAGCCGUUUAAUUUAACGUCUGCGUCAGCGAGUCGUCUUGAGAAAAGUCACACUCGGCCCGAGCGGGAACGCCGGCGUCAAACUGACGUUUGUAGUUUCCCCUUUGUUGGUGCAUCACUGCGUCGCCUACAUAAGGUCACGGUCAGACUGCGGCACAGUUUCUUAUCGCGCCGACAUGAAGAGUUCACACGUGUCCUUGUUCUGAACUUCUUAUCACACACGAGCUGGUGAUUACAUAGAAAUAAAGAUGGUUGUGUUGGCUGUGGCUGUGUUUGUAACCUUGUCGUCUUGUGCACUCGGCUGCUCGGGGAACAUGAAUCCUUCUGAGCUUCAGAGCUUGAAGAUUCAACCUGCUGCUGUUUUCAAGCAGAUGAAGAAUCCACAGUGUGAACAAACCACACUUCAGCAGGACGCUCUGACGCAGGUGAACAUGAAGAGCCUGAAGAAAAAGACUCAGAGCGACUUCGGAACAACCCUUCUUACUUAUGGCACAAGUGAUGAGGAGGAAUACGACCUGCGUGUCUCUGAGGAAGACUCCAGGAGAAAGAGCGACCCCUGCUUCCACUACACCGUCCUGGACGAUGCCUGGCGCGCCACCAACUCCACAUCCAAGUUGAGGAUGUGCGACCGCAACGUCAAAUGGAAAGGCUGGUACCGCCUCUUCUACAAGGGUAAGAGUAUCCAGAUGCCCGAGCGUUGCGUCCCUGUGAACAAAUGCAGCACCCACGCCCCGCUGUGGCUGACAGGGCCUCACCCGAAGAGGAGGGCCGGCAUCGUCACCCGCCAGGUCUGCGGCCACUGGAAGAAGAACUGCUGCGCUUUCAAAUCCUCCCCCAUCCAGGUCAAGAAGUGUCUCGGCAACUACUACGUGUACAAGUUCACCAAGCCGGUGUCCUGUGAUCUGGCUUACUGUGCGGAUGUCAACACACUGGUGUGUUCGCGCUGCAGAAGAAACCAGUCCUGUGUGAGCCGAGAUAAGAUCAACUGGAAGUGUAAGACAAAGAAAGUGAUCAGAAGACAGGUCCACUUCUUCGCGUCCUUCCCGGGUCAACUCAGCGGCAAAGUGAACCGGAUCAAGUACAGCAAGGUGCUGGUGAACGAGGGCCGGGCCUUCAGCAGCCGCACCGGGGUGUUCAGGGCUCCGGUCAGUGGGGUCUACCAGUUCUUCUUCUCCACUCAAACCGCCAACGCCGGCCAGAAGACGGACCUGUGGCUCGUGGUCAACGGCUACUGGGUGGCCGUGUCCCACACGCUGGUCACCCGGCCCUCGUCCGUGGGCAGCUUGGCCACGUACAUGACCUUCCUCCGCCAGGGGGCCAGUGUGUACGUCACACACAACUGCGGGAAGUCGUGGGCCAACGCUGCCUCCAUGACCAUCACGUUCGGAGGCUCGAUGCUUCUACAGAAAAAAUGAUGUGUUGACAAGUGUGUAGUCUUCUGAUGUUUCCUUGUGUGUGAAGAGGAAAGGGGAUUUGUGUUUCAGUAAAUAUACAGAAAGUGUAGAAGUUUACACUCUCUCAGUUUCUAUUUCUCUUACAUGCAAUUUAAUUUGAGCUUUCUUUGUGUCAGAGCUAAAUCCUGAAGUAAACGUGUGUCUAAUUUAAUGCUUGAAUAUACAUUUUUAAAUAAAAUAAAACAUGAAUAAAAGA